AUGGCUUCGAGCUUGGUUUUCCGAGGGCACGAGGUUCAACCAGUGAACGACGGGUAUUCCCCGAAGCCGCAAAAGCCAUGGCUCUCCCUCCGCUACAUCCUCCGCGAGCAGCGACUCCAUUUUCUCCUCCUCGGCGUUCUCCUCGCCUCCCUCUUCUUCCUCCUCCUCCCUUCCUCUUCUCCUCCCAUCCAGGCCCACGACCCGUUCCCCGCCUCUUUAACGCCCACCAUCAACACCCGAAGCUAUGACGUGGCGGUGCAUUCCGUGGGGAAGAUUCCCCUAGGGAUUAAGCGGAAGGGGCUCCGGAUCGUGGUGACGGGCGGGGCCGGAUUCGUCGGGUCGCACUUAGUGGAUCGGUUGAUUGCCCGAGGAGACAGCGUGAUUGUGGUUGACAAUUUCUUCACUGGAAGGAAAGAAAACGUGAUGCACCAUUUCGGGAACCCCAAUUUUGAACUUAUCCGACACGACGUCGUUGAGCCUCUCCUCUUGGAAGUCGACCAGAUCUACCAUCUCGCUUGCCCCGCCUCCCCUGUCCAUUACAAGUUCAAUCCGUAUUUUAAUGGAAUUGGAAUCCUUAAUUGGGGUAGUUUGGUUCACAAGACCAACGUGGUGGGCACGUUGAACAUGCUGGGGCUAGCUAAAAGGGUUGGCGCGAGGUUCUUGUUAACCAGUACCAGCGAGGUUUAUGGAGAUCCUCUGCAGCACCCUCAGAAGGAGACUUACUGGGGCAACGUCAAUCCCAUCGGUGUUCGAAGCUGCUACGACGAGGGAAAGCGUACGGCUGAAACGUUGACCAUGGAUUACCACAGAGGGGCUGGAGUUGAGGUGCGAAUAGCUAGGAUUUUCAACACCUACGGGCCCCGAAUGUGCUUAGACGAUGGUCGCGUUGUUAGUAACUUCGUUGCUCAGGCACUGAGGAAGGAGGCUUUGACCGUUUAUGGGGAUGGGAAGCAAACUCGAAGUUUCCAAUACGUUUCUGAUUUGGUGGAGGGGCUGAUGCGCCUUAUGGAAGGAGAACAUGUGGGACCUUUCAAUCUUGGAAAUCCCGGUGAAUUCACCAUGCUUGAACUUGCCAAGGUGGUCCAAGAAACAAUAGAUCCAGAGGCUAAGAUAGAGUACAGGCCGAACACAGAGGAUGACCCACACAAGAGAAAGCCUGAUAUUAGUAGGGCCAAGGAGUUACUGGGCUGGGAACCCAAGGUGGACCUACGCAAGGGACUCCCUCUAAUGGUUUCUGACUUCCGACUACGCAUUUUUGGGGACCAAAAGGACGGAGCAACCUCUACCUAA